AGUCUGUAUCCAGUCUAUUGGGAGACAUGACAUGAACUCUGCAUCAGAGCUCUGCACAGGCCUGCUGAUCAACGGUGAGAUUCCAACCAAUUUAGAAGUGAUGUAAAUGGGAGAGAUUUAAGCACAUCCUUAACUCUCCCAUUUACAUUAAAGUUAUUUAAAAAUGGUUAACUUUCAUUGGAUUGUGCCACAAAUGGACAUUUGAAGCUGAGCACAUAUAUUGCAUUCAGCUCUCCAUAGCCUCAUUUUUGCCAUGGAUGCACAGUGAGUUUAGACUAAGCAGGAAAAACUAUGCAGUCGUUUUUACUGAAUGUUUUGACCUGUUUGAAAAAUUGGUGGAAGGAGCACAUGAAAAAUACUGUAUUGAACACACUUGAUUUGUACAAUUCUAGGCUAAAAGCAAAGGUGAUCAAUGUAAGUCCUGCCUUCUCUUCCAGCACAAUAAUGUUCAGGCCCUUGUUUUGUUUGUUUGUUCAUUAGCUUGACAGAAGUGGCCCAAGAUACUCUUGUGGCUAAGGCAGAAAAUCUAGAUGCAUCCCCAUCCACUAAUUAACAUGGGGUAUAAUCCACUAAGAAAUUCCCCAGUGCAAGUUUAAAUAAAAUGGAUAGAAGAUGUGAAAGAGCAUGGUGGAUUGUGCUUGAUGGGCCAGGUCUGUCUGUCUCUUGUUGCCCUUAAUGGCUCCCAUGCUCAGCUGCUUUGCUUUCCUUUCCUUCAUGGGAGAGCCUUCUCUGUAUCUUAAAGAAGACAGAGCACACAGCCAGAUAGAAUUCCUGCUGCCUUUGGUAGUGUAAUGCAGCACUUCAUCUGGCCUGAAAUAUUAGCCAAAGAAACCUGGACUGCCUCUGAUUCUAAUCAGAUAGAGCCUACUCUGCAGAGUGGAGUUGUUUGAUUUGCCUUGUGGUUGAGUUUCUUUUCCCAAAGAGUCUAAAUUUUCCCCAUCUAUGGAAAACAACUGGAAAAAAACCUGGCAGCAUUCAGCUUUGCAUUAUUAAGUCCUGUUGAGAUAUUGAGUGUCUAUUAGAUUUGGUAAAUUCUCCCAGUUCCAUUUUUUCCUUCACUUCAAACCUUACUAUUUUCAAUAACCCACCCGUCCACUGCGCUCAACAUCAAAGGCCCUCCUCCAGGUGCCUACUCAGAGACAAGCCCGGAAGGUAACAACAAGAAAAAGUGCCUUCUCAGUGGUGGCCCCCGAACUAUGGAAUACUCUUCCUGAUGAGAAGGCUCCAUGAGGCCCAGCGAAACGGUUUCAGAGUCCAGUCCAGGCUCCACAGCCACACAGUCAGGGGUGCCAACUCAGGUGGUCCAACAAGUCCAGGCUACACAGCAGAGGUUAUUGGUCCAAGCUACUGUGCAGACGAAGCCUGGAACAGUAUCCCCGCUGCAGCUGACAAGUGUACAAGUACCCCAGCAGCGGCUGGUGGUACAGAGUACUUCACAGGCUAAUAAAGCAGGACCAGUUGCGCUGGCCAUCCAUGGUGUGCAGCAGGUCCACUCUUCACCUGAGCGCUCCCCUGUCCAGAACAGCAGCUCCGCUGCUAAACCGGGACAAGUACAGCAGCUCCAGGUCCACGGAGUCCAGCAAGUGCCUGUUGCACAAGAGAGAUCUGUGGUGCAAACAACUCCCUCAACUCCCAAAGCUGGCACAGUGCAACAGCUAGCGGUGCAAGGACUCCAACAGGUUCAUGUUACUCAAGAAGUGCAGCAGCUUCAACAGGUACCUGUGCAGCAUGUCUAUUCCAACCAGGUGCAGUACGUAGAAGGAGGAGAUGCCAGCUACACUGCAAGUACCAUACGCUCCAACACUUACCCUUACACAGAAACCCCUCUCUACACUCAGAACACUGGCGGAAACUACUAUGAAUCACAAGGCACCCCAACGCAGGUCUCCACCCCAGCAACCUCCCAGACUGUGGCUAGCAGUGGGUCAGUGCCCAUGUAUGUCUCUGGAGGGCAAAUCAUAGCCAAUCCAAGUGGAGGUAGCAGUGCUGGAGGAGGAGGAGGAGGAGGAGGAGGAGCAAGUGGUGGCGGCGGCGGCAGCGCUGGUGGAGGAGGAGGCGGCAGUGGCGGCAGUGGCGGCAGCAGCACAGGGACCUACGUGAUUCAAGGAGGUUACAUGCUGGGAAGUUCAAGCCAGUCGUACUCACACACCACCCGUGCCUCCCCAGCGACUGUGCAGUGGCUGUUGGAUAACUAUGAGACUGCAGAGGGUGUGAGCCUCCCACGCAGUACCUUGUACUGCCAUUACCUCCUUCAUUGCCAGGAGCAGAAACUAGAGCCGGUCAACGCUGCUUCCUUUGGCAAGCUGAUCCGCUCAGUGUUUAUGGGACUUCGCACACGCCGGCUUGGAACCAGAGGGAACUCCAAAUACCAUUACUACGGAUUACGCAUCAAAGCUAACUCCCCGCUCGUGAGGCUCAUGGAAGAUCAGCAACACUUGGCCAUGAGGCAACAACCCUUUUCCCAGAAGCAAAGGCUGAAACCCAUUCAGAAGAUGGAAGGCAUGACCAACGGAGUGGCUGUGGGGCAGCAGCAGGCGACAGGGCUCUCUGACAUCAGUGCCCAAGUACAACAGUACCAGCAGUUCCUAGAUGCCUCUCGCAGCCUGCCUGACUUUGCAGAGUUAGACCUACAAGGGAAGACCCUCCCUGAGGGCAUUGGGGCUGAAGAUGUGAAGUCUUUUCAGUCACUCUAUCGAGAACAUUGUGAGGCCAUUGUUGAUGUGAUGGUAAACCUGCAAUUCACACUGGUGGAGACACUCUGGAAGACUUUUUGGCGGUACAAUUUGAACCAGCCCAGUGAAGCCACCCCCAUUGAUAUUCAAGACGAAGCAGAAAAGCGUCUCCCAAAGAGCUGCUUGGUGACACUGUCCAAGUACGAGCCUGUCCUCAAAUGGACGAAGGACUGUGACAACUUGCUGUACCAGGGGCUGGUAGAGGUCCUGAUCCCAGAAGUGCUCCGGCCCAUUCCGAGUGCCUUGACGCAAGCAAUCCGAAAUUUUGCAAAAAGUUUGGAGAGCUGGCUGACAAAUGCCAUGAUGAAUAUUCCAGAAGAGAUGGUCCGUGUGAAGGUGGCAGCAGCAAGUGCCUUUGCCCAGACCCUGCGGCGUUACACCUCCCUGAACCAUCUUGCCCAAGCUGCCCGGGCUGUUUUACAGAACACUGCCCAAAUCAAUCAGAUGCUGAGCGACCUCAACAGGGUGGAUUUUGCUAAUGUACAGGAACAGGCCUCAUGGGUGUGUCGGUGUGAGGAUCGUGUGGUGCAGCGCCUUGAGCAGGACUUUAAGAUGACUCUGCAGCAGCAGAACUCUCUGGAGCAGUGGGCAGUGUGGCUGGAUGGUGUGGUCAGCCAGGUCCUGAAGCCCUACCACGGCAGCCCCAGCUUCCCCAAAGCCGCCAAACUCUUCCUCCUCAAGUGGUCCUUCUACAGCUCUAUGGUGAUUCGGGAUCUGACCCUCCGGAGCGCGGCCAGUUUUGGCUCUUUCCAUCUCAUCCGCCUCCUCUAUGACGAGUACAUGUACUAUCUGAUUGAGCACCGUGUGGCCCAAGCCAAGGGCGAGACUCCCAUUGCUGUCAUGGGAGAGUUUGCAAACUUGGCGAGCUCCUUAAACCCCUUGGACCCGGAUAAAGAUGAGGAAGAGGAAGAAGAAGACGAGAGUGAUGAGGAGAUGCCUCAGGAAUUGUCUCUCAGCUCCAAUGAAUCAAGCAACUUGACAGCAGAGCCUAUGGAGCCACCUUCAAAGCUUGCACGGACAGACUCACGGGGCAUCUUUGUGCAAGCACUGCCCUCCAGCUAAAGAGGGGCAAGGAAGGGACUGACUGCUAAGUGGCCAGCAGGAGGCCAGGGUGCACCUUGUGCUGCGUUGCGCUGCCCUGUGAUAAAGAUGAGCUGUUCCGUCUCCGAGUAGUAUGCAACGCGCUUUCAUUUCACACCUUUCCCUGUCUUACCUGUCGCCCAGUGCAGCCCAAGCAAGUCCCCAGUUAGGAACGCUUGCCCCAACAGCCUGCCCAGCCCCUGACAGCACCAAAGGGGUGCUGGACCUGGUUUUGGUUUGGCUGCCUGGGUUGGUUGCUGCCUCGCUGAUUACCAGAGUUAACUAGAAACUGGCUUAGCCCUUGUAUCCUGUGCUGUUCUGUGGCUGCUCUUUACUGUCAGAUGGAGAGGGUGAGGGGGUGCUUGCCCCAGCAUGGGUCCCAGACCCCAGGAUCUCCACUCUCACAGGUGGGAGUGGAUAAAAUCCAUGCUUUUCAAUCAUAAAACUGGGCCAGCCUCAGCUAGGACCUGCCCACUUCUGCCUCUGGGCAACGACUAGGCUGUGUACGGUAUCCGGCAAGCCUAAACUUCCUUAUUUGGGUGGCCAGAUAAGCCACUGAGACUGCUGCUUGGAUCAGGCUGAUUGUCACUAUAUUAUGGGGAACAUUUCCUGUGUCUGCCUGGGAGUUACUCUCGUUUCUUGGCACCUGCCUUAGCUUUGUAUUUCUGUAGGCUGUUGGACACUGGGUUUGGAUGUUAAUGAACUUGAAGAGUGGUCAGUGCUGGAGUUUAGAGCAACUCCUGGCAGCAAGAAUUGUGCCUGUUUGGAGGUGAGGUGCUGUGCUGUUUCAUCCCAUAACUUCAGCAUGGACUCUGGGUCACUCUUUACUGCUUUCUGUAGCAGUGGUUGAAUGCAACAGUGGGUUUUCUCAAGUGUGGUGUGUGCUAUUGACUUUGGACUGCCUCAUACUGAUGCGUGUGUGUGAAGGCAGCAUGUACUCUGUACAGUCAGAAUGGUGUCCAAGCUCCCAUGUGCCACAGACACGUGUGCCUAAUGACCACGUGCACGUGUGGGCAUGCACCAUAUGCUGUUCUUGUCUUUGUAGCCCAGGAAAACCUUAACAGCUUGCAGACACCAUCCAACAGGCAGAGUUCCACUAGAAUAUGAGCUGUAACUCUGCAGUAUUAUGGUCUAUGGUUGCUGGCCCUGGUUCUGCAUCUGACAGUUCCUGGUUUGUAAGCUAACUAACUCUGAUGCUCCAGCUGCUGAGAAGUUGUUCAGGGCGUAUUCCCACCUGGCCAGCUCCUCCCCAAGUCAUUGCUCAGUUUUUUUUAAAAAAGGAAUCAGUCUCAAUAAGCAUGUCUGAAUUUACAGACAUCUCUUUCAAAAGGUGUAAUGCAACUUCUGCUCCAAAACCCUUUGGAUUCUACAACUUCCUUACUCUCUUUGGUACAUUUUGGGAAUAGGGAAGCAAGAAGCUGUAUUUUCAGAUGCUUUAUUGUUCCUGAUGAGCUUUUUUUGUAUGGAUUGAGCCUAUUGCUGGUGGUGCAGGUGACUGGUCAGAUGUUUGUGUCUCUGGGCAGAUUUUGAUUUUACCCUGAGACAACUCAGGAAGUCCUAUCUAUUGUUAGCACAAGCCCGACUAAGUGAUCCCUUUAAACCAGGGAUGGGGAACCUGUGGCCUCACAUGUUGGGCUCCCAACUGGCAUCAUCCUAGACCAGCAAAAUCUGGAGGGUCAAAGGUUCCCUAUCCGUGCUUUAAGCUCUGAGUAGGGCAAGAUACAAUACUAGUACUUUUGAGUCAGUGCCUUCUGCACUGGGCUCCUGGCACAAAAAAUGUAACAUUCCAGCUAUGCCAGAUAAUCAGCCACACUUUCAUACUUGAUUUAGAAAAUCCUCUGCAUGAAGACUGGUGGCAUUAACAGUACUACCUUCUAUCAAACAUGACUAACCCCACUUGGCUCUGUUAAUAGUCAGUUCCUUAUGUAAGCCUUGCUUUUCAGUGCCAUUGGCAGUAAGAAAUACUUAGCUUUUUGUAGGUGCAGGUUGAGGGGCAUUUUUUUUAAUUAAGGCUGUUACAGUGCAGGGGAACAGGGUUAGCCAGCCCCCUCUGAAGUGCUUGGGAGGCCACAGCUCACCUGAUAUACAGCAGUGAGGUGGGAUUUACAGUGCAGGAGCUAUAGAGCCAAUGCAACUGUGGCACAGAGUGCACUUUCAUCCCAGCCUAUACUCACACCAACAGCCACAUUGCAGCAUAAUUAGGCCACAGGACUUGGACAGUAGUCAAAUGGAUAUAGCUGGCCUGAUUGCACUGGCCACAUGCUAAGAAAGGAUGAAGUAGAACAGACUUUCAAGUACUUGGCGGAGCAGAGAUCAGUGCAGAAGUAUUGUCAGGCCCUGUGCUCCACGUUAGCCUUCUCCACCUACAAGUGGUGGCUGUAAGUGUACCUGGGAUCAGAGCUUAUUACAAUGGGUUUUGUCCUUACACAUUAGAGCUACUAGUAGCAAAGCAUAGAGACUUGGGGUUAAGCCAUGCUAAAUUGUUGCAGGUGCAAUUCCUUACCUUUGUACACCUAAGUCUGGAAGGUGAGACUACAUACUUCUGCCUGUAUGAAAACAGUUCGCUCAUUGCUGGCUUUCAGACUAGUCUUGUUCAGGCACUAGCAUCACCCACUCCUUUAAUCUAAAUCAUAGUGAUUAACACUGCCCUCAGUUUCUUACAGAACACCUCUAUCUACUAUAGCAUAAGGAAAAGGCUGUGGGCCUUUGAGUUAUGGAGGUGUACCAAAGCAAGUAGGGAGAUAAGAGACCCUCUAGACCACUGCUGUAGUCCCUCAGUUCUUAGCAACCUCUCUCUUUAACUAUUAGAUACUUCACAUAAAUCUUUUGGCCCUGGUUUUCACAUUAGUCUAAUAAGACUGAGAUUAAUCAGCCUGUCAGGUUAAUAGCUUAUUUCUGGUUUGUCCAAAUUCUUCAGGUAAAACAUAUAUAGCUAUGCUAAGACUGCAUAUAGCAAGCAGAUAGCUCAGAACUGCUCCUUCUCUUUUGGGAGCCACCUCUUCACAGCAAGAACCAGUGAAACCCAUUGUUCCAGCCACCCCCAUUGUACUAUCUUAUUCCCAACCUCAGGCAAAUGAGCAGUUCUUAGCAGCACCCAACUGUAUUAGGCUGCUGUGAUUAUCCAGAGCAACUUGAUAUAACCCUAGUGAUACAAAUGUGCCAGCUUGCUUAGCUGCACUUGGCUUUUUCAAGCACCAGUCCUUACAGUGAGAUAUCCCCUCUGCAGUUUAUUGUUGCAGCAAGCGUGUACAGUGUGCUAAUUAAAGUGCAAUCUAAGUCACCCUGCUCUAGAGAAGGGCUUCUUAAGAGUGUGACCUAACCUUUAGGUUAGCAAAUUUCUAGAGGAAAAACACAGGUGCCAAUUCUUUUGCUUUGCUCCUGUAGCAAAAUGCUACCUUAAAGGGAGAUUUUUUUGCACAUAAAGCACCUCUAAGUUUUUUUUGAACUACAGCAGGUGGCAGCAUCUUCAAGAUGCAGGUGGCAGAUGUAUUUUCUCCCUUGCUGGAGGUUUCAUAGCCAAUUCCCACCUUGCAUUAUCACUUGUUCUCUCAGAGAAGCACCUUAUUUAUCAUACCUGCCUCUUCUGCUGUUUUUCCUAACAAUUCACAGCAAAACAGUAUGCUCAAACCUGUUACUGGUUAUACAUGAUUAACUUCAUUGUCAGACAUGUGAACGUAUCCAUACACCCGACAAAGCAAGCUAUGCCACCAUGAGUAAAGGUUCAUACCCCAUCAAGGAUAUAAACCAGUGAUCUGUAAGGGACAGGCUGUAAAUCAAGGUUCAAUAGACUCCUCUGUUCCAGCAUUCCCCUAGUCCUUGCUCUCUGAAAUGUAUGCAGAUUGGCUUUUAGCUUUAGGAAAGUCUUAACUUUGAUAAGGAACAUGGAUCUAGUUGUUCGCAAAAACCUUGCUUCUGUGAGCUAGCUAUUCCCUGCAUGAAUUUUGCAGAAUGCUGGAUCCACCAAUCACGCAGGACUCAACAACAUGAAUGAGCUUACCUUUUUAAUUCAGUUGCUGCCUUACACAAUGACAAAACCCUUUCCCUCUGAACCAGGAUUCUCACUGUCUACCAAACAUACUAGCUGCAGAGCAGCUAGGGACAGUUAUCAACAGGUCCAACGCAGUCUGGACGCUCCAGUCUGCAGGAAUAUUUGCUAGCUGAGAACAUUUCAUUCAGUUUUAAAAAGAAACCAGUCCUCUAUUCCCUCUCUGCUAGUAAUUGAGCAAACAGGUUUGGUUACUUCCUACUCUAAAGAAAGUAAUCACUCUUCUGGUUUGUAACUGAAUAUUAGAUAUUCUAGUUUUAAACAGAAAAAAAUCUGUGCUUUUAUAUGUAAUUACUAAUUCUUGUUCUAAAAACCACCUAAAUAUUGUGAGAUUGGUGAAGAUAAAUUACUUGAUAUUUUUGGGUUUUUCAACCAUCAUGGCCUUAUUUGUUCAAUUUUUCCAGUGUUUUAAACCUGUGAUAUAGAUGUUUAUUGCAAAAUCUACAUAUUGUAUAAAAUAUAUAUUUUGUGUCACUCUUUUGUGCAGCAGCAGCUUUAGCUGCACUAUAGACUUCAAGUGGAGUUUGAAGAGCUUUGUAGGUGUCCUGGGUCCAUGAGAUGGGCAGUGCCUGUGGUCAGAUGAUGUACGUGUGUGUAGUCUGGAGUGCAAAAGCUGUUUUCUACCUUUUGUAGUUCUUUCUUAAGAAAUAAAUUCAGCCGUGUUCUU